AUGGCUAUUGUCGACAAGCAAUCAGCGUCUUACAUCCGUCCGAGUAGCUGGGCAGAUGGUCUGCGAGGAAUUGCCGCAGUUUUUGUGGUCGCGAGCCAUACCUGUCUAUCCUUUGCGACAUAUCUGAUCCCGCCAUCUUUCGCGGAAACAGGAAAGUCUAUUUUGUUUCAGCGGCCGUUCUUUAGACUAGUCAUACAGGGCCAGGCUUGGGUAGCUAUCUUCAUGGUGCUACUCGGGUUCGUGAAUGCCUUAAAACCGCUUCAGCUAGCUCGACGGGGAGCUACAAGCGAUGCUCUUGCUACACUCUCGACAGGCGCCUUCCGGCGCAAGUGGAGACUGGUCUUCCCCGCUGCUCUGAUGACAAUUCUAGCUUGGCUGUUGUGUCAGUUUGGUGUCUACCAAUUGGGUAGAAGGGUAGAUGCAUACUGGCUCAGAGCGACAAGCCCCCAACAAAGUCCAUCUUUGAAAACUGCCGUCGUGGAUCUGAUGCGAGAGAUAGUGGGGACUUGGAUGUACGGAGAAAAUGCCUACGACCAACCCCAAUGGGCACUACUACCCCUUUUCCGUGGCUCCCUAUAUGUAUUCAUGACCCUGUUGGCUCUGGUAAACACUACACCACUGUUCCGCCUCUGUGCGCAAAUGGUCCUAUACACCUAUAGUUGGGCAACUCUGGAUGGUACUGUUGGUACAAAUAUUUUCGCUGGCAUGAUACUAGCGGAACUAUCAUUAUACAACCUGAUGGCCCUCCGGCCACGUCUGCUCUUCAAAUUACUACCCUACGGGCUAGUCACCCUAGGCCUGUACAUCUGCUCGUACCCAGAUCAAUACGCCGAUCAAACCAGAUGGUCUUCCCAGCUUGCAUCGCUUGCCGAAAUCAUCUUCCCACAAGAUGCCAACGUCAGCCGCUACUACGCCAGCCUUGGGGCGCAGAUGAUAUGUCUUGGCGUGAUGCUUUCUUCCUCCAUGCGCCGGAUGCUCUCCCAUCCCGUGCUGAUGUGGCUUGGGUCGAUCAGCUUCCCGCUAUAUCUUAUCCACGGACCGUUAAUGCGAUCUGUUCUGGUUUACCUGCUGUAUCUUCCCAUGGCAAUUGGCUUUGAGCCGGCUUUAAGGGCAGAUGGAACACCAGAUCCGGAGUCUUAUAUUCCAACGCCGAGCCCAUUCCGACUUGGGUUUAUUCUGGUUAUAUUUUUUAUGUUCUUACUCUAUGUUGUUCAGCAGUGGUCGAAGCAUAUAGAGCCGAAGAUGGGUGCACUUACAGCUGCGCUUGAGAGAUUCUCCCGUUCAUGGGGUAAGAGUGCGGCGUGGACUUCGAAAGAGAAGGGAGAGACCUUGCCUAUUGCGUCUGUACGGGAGUUAAAUGUAUAG